CUUUUCCAACAUGGAUUUAUUUACUCUACUCAAGACAAGGAAAAACAAAUGACAAUGUCGAUCGGUGAUGACCAUCCAAACUCUGGUCGAAACUCCUCGCAUAUAUAUGCAUACAUCGAUCCAGAUAAACAACUCGGUGACGAGGACCGAAGUAGUGUGAAUUGUGCUAUGCCCUUUUACCCACCCGAGCAAACUGCGGACGCGGAGUCCCCUCACACCCUCACCCCAGAAGGAGACGCAGAAACUGAAUGCACCUUGGCCGCUUCUGAUGAUCGUGCAAGACUCCGGUGCUGA